AUGAAUAGGGUAUCAGUAGAUGAUGGGCCCAAACUACGUGAAGAAAAGCACUUCCAAGAUUUUUAUCCCGACCUUAAUGCCGAUACUUUACUGCCGUUCAUCGUUCCCUUAGGCGAGACAAAAGUUAACAUUCAUAAUGGCUCGAUUGAUAUUUCAAACCUGAAUAAUAGAGAAAAACAUGAGAUUGAAAGCGUACAAACAAAGGAAUUGAUCUUCAAGGGUAGAGUUACCACUGAGCCAUUAAUACUAAAAAGAAAUGAAGUGGAGUUCCAAAAAUGUAAAAUAACUACAAAUGAAUUGAAAAGUAGGAAGAUUUUGUACGGCCUUACACUCAAUGAGAGUUUCAUAUCCAAGUAUUAUUAUAUAAACAAACCAAGGAGUAGGAAGGGUUAUAAAUCACAUCAAACAGAAUUCAGUGAGUUGAAAACACCUUACUUUUCCAAAUUUUCCGGUAGAGAAGCUGCAAAUGUUACCAUUUCGACGGCUACAAAGAGUGCACUUCAAAAAUUCGCCAGUAUUUCAUCUAAUCUCGCUAACUUUAAGCCCCAAUAUGACAUGGAUGAGCAGGAUGAAUUAUAUUUACAUUACCUAAACAAAAAAUAUUUCAAAGGUCAGAUGUCUCAUGAAGUAUUUGAAGUUUUAAUGACCACAUUAGAAACCGAAUGGUUUCAUAUUGAAAAGCACAUACCAUCAACUAAUAAUUUAAUUGCCAAGCAUAAUAUUUUGCGGGAUUGUCACAAUUGUGAGCUAUAUGGUUCUGAUGACGGAGCAGGCUUAUCGAUGGAUCAGGCGUGCGCAGUUUGCUUGGGCACAGAUAGUGAUAAUUCUAAUACAAUCGUCUUUUGCGAUGGAUGCAAUAUUGCGGUCCAUCAAGAAUGUUAUGGUAUAAUUUUUAUCCCUGAAGGGAAAUGGUUAUGUAGACGAUGUAUGAUCUCAAAAAAUAAUUUUGUCACCUGUUUAAUGUGUCCAAGUCAUACGGGGGCAUUCAAACAAACUGAUACUGGUUCUUGGGUGCAUAAUAUAUGUGCUUUGUGGCUUCCAGAGCUAUAUUUUUCUAAUUUAAACUACAUGGAACCUAUAGAGGGUGUUCAGAAUAUCAGUACAUCACGAUGGAAACUCAACUGUUACAUUUGCAAAAAGAAGAUGGGUGCUUGCAUUCAAUGUUUCCAAAGAAACUGUUUUACAGCAUAUCAUGUCACAUGUGCCCGUCGAGCUGGUCUCUACAUGAGCAAAGGGAAAUGUACUAUUCAAGAAUUGGCCACCAACCAAUUUCCACAAAAGUAUCCAAUCGAAAGCUUUUGCCAUAAGCAUGCGCCUAGUGGUUGGAAAUCUAAUAUGGAAGGUAUUAAUAAAACUAGAAAAUACUUUGCUCUGCUCUCCAAAUUACCAGCUGAAGCACCACAGCGUGAUGAAGAGAACGAUAGGAUAGAUUCCAAAUUUAAGAAAACAAUUUGGAGGACGUCUAACCAGACACCCGUGGCACCGCAUAUUUUUGCAGAAAUACUGCAAAAGGCUGUUGGUUUUUUUGGCUUAACUAACUCACCAGCUAGUUCUUUUGAUAUUUGCAGAUAUUGGUCAAUGAAAAGAGAACUCGCCGGAGGUACCCCAUUGGUUCCCUGUUUUGAAAAUAAUUCGUUUGAGUCAUUAACUGAGAAACAAUUACAAAGAAGGUUAGACUUUGCCGAUGAUCAACUCAAAGACUUGUACAGACUGAAGGAGCUGACAACCCUGGUAAAGAAAAGGACACUAACUUCUCAUAACCUGUUUAGAUCCCAAAAGAUGGUUUCUGAUAUAGUUAAAUCGCCGCAGAAGUAUCUUCUAAAAAUCAACGUUCUAGACAUUUUCAUAAAAUCCGAGCAGUUUAAAGCCCUUGAAAGAUUAGUCACUGAUCCUGAACUAUUAGCUAUUUUAGAAAGGUGUAAGAAUAGCAAGUUUGAUACUGUUCAGAAUUUCAAGGAGAAAAUCAUGCAUUUUUUUUUGACUUUGGACAACCUUCCCAGUGCGCCAAGGAUACUUCAAGCUGUCUCGCUAAAGGCAAAAGAGCAAGUAACGAAUCUAAUCAGGCCUAUAGAACAUAUGGACAUCAAUAAGUUACUAGUUAGAGAUUUCAUUUUAACGAAUGAUAACAACAUAGAAGAAAGGCCAUGGAGUGGCCCGAUAAUCAUGGAGGAAGAAGAAUUAAGUGAUGCAGAAGAACUUACUGCAGGGGAGCGCCGUUUGCUGAAGCUAAUUCUCAAUGACGGGUGA